GGAGAGGAAGACGCUGAGGCGCGUGGCACCCGAAAAGUCUGGGUGCUCUCAGUUACCGCCUAGAGUCCCCAGCAGGCCUUCAGCACCAUGGACAGCCGCGCCGGCCCGGGGAACAGCAGCGACUGUUCUGACCCCUUGACUCAGGCAAGUUGCUCCUCAGCACCUGGCUCCUGGCUCAACUUGUCCCACGUAGAUGGCAACCAGUCCGACCCAUGCGGUCUGAACCGCACCGGGCUUGGUGGGAGCGACAGCCUGUGCCCUCCAACCGGCAACCCUUCCAUGGUCACAGCCAUUACCAUCAUGGCCCUCUACUCUAUCGUGUGUGUAGUGGGCCUCUUCGGAAACUUCCUGGUCAUGUAUGUGAUUGUCAGAUACACCAAAAUGAAGACUGCCACCAACAUCUACAUUUUCAACCUUGCCCUGGCAGAUGCCUUAGCGACCAGUACCCUGCCCUUUCAGAGUGUCAACUACCUGAUGGGAACGUGGCCCUUCGGGACGAUUCUCUGCAAGGUUGUGAUCUCCAUAGAUUAUUACAACAUGUUCACCAGCAUCUUCACCCUCUGCACCAUGAGCGUGGACCGCUACAUCGCUGUCUGCCACCCCGUCAAGGCCCUGGAUUUCCGAACCCCCCGAAACGCCAAAAUUGUCAAUGUCUGCAACUGGAUCCUCUCUUCCGCCAUUGGUCUGCCUGUAAUGUUCAUGGCAACCACAAAAUACAGGCAUGGGUCCAUAGAUUGCACCCUCACGUUCUCCCACCCCACCUGGUACUGGGAGAAUCUGCUCAAAAUCUGUGUCUUCAUCUUCGCCUUCAUCAUGCCAGUCCUCAUCAUCACCGUGUGUUACGGACUGAUGAUCUUACGACUCAAGAGCGUCCGCAUGCUGUCGGGCUCCAAAGAAAAGGACAGGAACCUGCGCAGGAUCACCAGGAUGGUGCUGGUGGUCGUGGCUGUGUUCAUCGUCUGCUGGACCCCCAUCCACAUCUACGUCAUCAUCAAAGCGCUGAUCACGAUCCCAGAAACCACUUUUCAGACGGUUUCCUGGCACUUCUGCAUUGCUUUGGGUUACACAAACAGCUGCCUGAACCCAGUUCUUUACGCGUUCCUGGAUGAAAACUUCAAACGAUGCUUCAGAGAAUUCUGCAUCCCAACCUCCUCCACGAUCGAACAGCAGAACUCCACCCGAAUCCGCCAGAACACUAGGGAGCACCCCUCCACGGCCAAUACAGUGGAUCGAACUAACCAUCAGCUAGAAAAUCUGGAAGCAGAAACUGCUCCACUGCCCUAACUGGGUCCCACACCAUCCUUACCCUCGCUAAGCUCAGAGGCCACCGUCUACUUGGAAUCAGGUUGCUGUCAGGAUGUGUAGGAGGCUCUGGUUUCCUAGGAAACCACCUGAUCCUGCACCAAACAGAGACUGUCCUCUCCGGCUACUUCACUCUGCAGUGAGAGACACUGUAGCACGCACUCAGAAGGAAGAGACUUCAUGAUGCUACUGAACCCAGCUCGUGUACAGAAC